UCGCCCAGUGGUUCGGUGGUCAGUGUUGGAGCUUCCCUGUUUCGAAUUGGGAGUGGACGGGGCCAGAUUGGCGCGAGAAGAAAGUGGGCAAAAGUGGCCAGGAGAGCGAGAACAAGUUACGAUUUGGCCGUUACGCGAAUUUACCCCGCAAAAGAAAUCGCCUGUGAUACAAAGAGACACACUUUUCUCGGUGGAUUUUCACACGCCACUCUUUUUUUGUAUUAAUUGCCGUGCCUGUGAAUUUUUCGCGAAAGGGAAGAACAGUCUGUGGAUUAUAGUUCUUCACCUUGCCAUCGGCUGUGCCUCUCUGUGGUGUUGUUUGUGUUGUUGGAGGGUGGGAAAAAAAGAGAGAGGGAGUUCAGAGGUCGUGCGGGUGGAAUUAAAAGACGUGCUCAUGUCGCAAGAGUGAACCUUCUUUUCCCCCGUGAGAGAGAGAGAGAGAGAGAGUGUGUGUGAUUGACUGAAGCUGUGGAUUAGCCCUUACUAUUUGGACAGGACUUGGAGGAUCUCCACUGAGAAAUGAUACGAUCCGUGACGUGGCUGCUCCUCCUGCUGGGAUGCGCCUUCCUCACGGUCUCCUUGCAUGACGCCCAAGUUCAUGCUGAGGUUGGACCAUCGGAAUCCGAAUGCAGGCCCUAUAUAGAGAAGGCGAUAAAUGAACUGAAAUCCGGUGACUCGGGAGCAGUCGGUGAUGACGAUGGAAGCCUAGAAGCGGCAACGCCAGAUGAUGACGAUUCUCCAGGCGAUGACGGCGACGACAGCACAGAAAAUGCUGCAAUCGAAGAAACGAGCAAUGAAGAAGCUGGAGAAGCAGACAAUGACGAUGACGACGACAAUGACAAUGACAAUGCAACGCAGGAGGAUGGAGCUGACAAUGAGGAUGAUAAUGAUGAUGAUGACAAUGAAGAUGACAAUGGUCCAUCGAAGGAAGAUGCUCAAGUAGAAGAUUCUGGAGAAAAUGCUGACACACAAGACGACGAUGGCCAGGAUGAUGACGAUGAUGAUGAUGAUGGUAAAGAUGACGAUGAGAAGGCCAAUGGUGACGAUGAUGACGAUGAUCAGACUAGUGCGGAAGCUGCUGCUGCUGAUGAUGGACAAGAUAGCAAAGAAGCUGCUGACGAUGAUGGACAAGAUGAUGAUGAUGAUGCUGAUAAUCAGGAUAGCACAGAGGCAGCAACAAAAGAUGAUAAUGAUGACGAUGACGAUAAUGAUCAGGAUGGCGAUGGACAGGAUGAUGAUGAUGACGAUGAGGAUGGAAAAAGCAGCAAAGAAGCAGCAGACGAUGAUAAGGAUGACAAUGAUGAAGAUGGACAAGAUAGUGGGGAAGCAGCAACAGAAGAAGGGGACCAACAGGGAGACUCACAGGAGGAUGACAAUGCCACUGAUGAUGCCGAUGAUGAUAAUGACGAUGAUGACAAUGACAAUGAAAAUUCACAGGAAGUGGCUGUGGAAGAUCAUGAUGGUGAUAGUGGCGAAAAGACACCAUCUGCAGAAGCUGAAGAUGAUGAUGACACAGACGAUGAUGAUGGUAAAGAUGACGAUGGAAAGACCGAUGACGACGAUGAUGAAGAUGAUACUGAUGAUGAUGAUAAGAAGUCUGGAGAAGCUGAUGAAGAUGAUAAUGAAGCAGAUGCAGAUGGUGACGAUGAUGACGGACAAUCGCAAGAAGCUGCAGAUGAUGAUGAUGCAGUUAAGUCUGAGGAAAAGGUCCUUUCCAGAGGAAAACGGUCAUCAGAUGACGAUGAUUAUGAUAAUGAUGGCAUGGAUAACCAAGAGGACGAUGAUGAUGACAACGAUGGCAUUGAGGAUGAAGCUGACGACGAUGAUGACAACGAUGGCGUGAAGGAUCAUGAAGAUGAUGACGAUGACAAUGAUGGCGUAAAGGACCACGAAGAUGACGAUCACAGCGGAGAAGAGGAUGCGUUAGAGGAAAACGACGAAGAAGACGCAGAUGAUGAUGACGAUGAUGAUGACGAUGAUGAUGACGAAGAGAAUCCAGAAGAGGAAUUAACUCUGGAAUCGGAAAUUCCGGACAAUCGUCGUAGUCGCGAUCACAUCGCCGAACUCUUGCAUUUGGACGAUGAAUCGGAAUUGCGCGAAAGUGCGAUCGUUCGUGUGGCCGAUGUUAUCCUGAAGGAUCUCAAGAGGAUCUAUGAGAACUCAAUUAAGCCACUCGAGGGACUCUACAAAUACCGCGAUCUCAGCAAUCGCCACUUUGGCGAUCCGGAGAUCUUCUCCAAGCCAUUGGUGCUGUUCAUGGGUCCCUGGAGCGGUGGCAAGUCCACGCUGAUCAACUAUCUCACGGACAAUGAGUUCACGGAAGACUCGUUGAGAACGGGAGCCGAACCGUCGCCGGCGUACUUCAACAUUCUGAUGCACGGCGAGAAGGCGGAAGUUCUGGAUGGCACUCAAUUGGCUGCCGACUGGACAUUCGCAGGUCUGCAGAAGUUUGGCCAGGGUCUGGAAGAUCGUCUGCGCGGAUUGAAGCUGCCCAGCAAGCUUCUCGAGAAGGUGAACAUCGUGGAGAUUCCCGGCAUCCUCGAGGUGCGCAAGCAAGUGUCCCGCCUCUUCCCCUUCAACGAUGCCUGCCAGUGGUUCAUCGAUCGCGCCGACAUCAUCUUCCUGGUCUACGAUCCGUCCAAGCUGGACGUGGGCCCAGAGACUGAGGCCAUUCUGGAUCAGUUGAAGGGACGCGAGUACCAGACGCGCAUCAUUCUCAACAAGGCCGAUCAGGUGAAGCCAGAAGAGCUGAUGCGCGUGCAAAGCGCCCUGAUUUGGAACAUCUCGCCACUCAUGUCCUCCGCCCAGCCGCCCAUCAUGUACACCACCUCGCUCUGGUCGCUGCCAUUUGAGGGCGGAGCGCCCGUGAGGCUGCUUCAGGCGCAGGAGCGGGCUCUCCUGCGCGAUCUUCGCUCCGCCAUUGACAAGAGGAUCGAGAACAAGAUCGCAAGUGCGCGUCGAUUUGCAGUUCGCGUACGGAACCACGCCAAGAUGGUUGAUUGCUACUUGACGACCUACUACAACCACAAAUCCCUCUUCGGCAACAAGAAGCAGAUCUCGGAUCAGAUCAUCGAGCACCCACAAAAUUACCACAUCUACGAGGGACUCUCCACACUCACCAACAUCUCGCGAUACGAUCUGCCCGAUCCCGAGGUCUAUCGUGACUUCUUCCGCCUCAAUCCGCUGUACGAAUUCAAGAAGCUCUCCGAAACGUGCACUUACUUCCGCGGCUGUCCCAUCAACAAGCUCGACGUGUCCAUUGCCUACGAUCUGCCCGAACUGGGCGGAAAGUACAAGAAGCAACUCGAGACGGCCUUGACGCAACUGGAGAAGGAGGCCGAGGACAGCAAGGAGUCCACCGGCAAGAGUUGAAAAGGCUGACCGACAGGGGCGCACUCCUUUCACCGCCUUUCUUUUUUGUACACCACAUCAAGAUGAUCCCCAACUUUUGCCCCUCCCUCCAGAUUCUCUCUCUCCCCUCUUCAUCACGAUUCGCGACACAUUUUAACUCUCCUCUCUUCCUUUCUUUCUCUUCUUUCUUUCGAGAGACAAGACAAUCGGGACAUGUAUCCUUGACUCCUCAGUCC